AUGAACCCACAAUGUUCAAAAUGUAAAGCAGCAAUGAAGAAAUAUAACUACUCCGUCAAAGAGAUAGAACGUAUGAGAAACGACUAUGCUGACUUAAAGAAAGAAGUAGAGAAACCAGCAGAAGAUAAAAUGGACAUGUUGACAUUUCUGAACAAAAACUAUCCAACAGCUGACGAUUUCCUUCUAUCUGAUGUCAAGAAGAAAUAUAAAGAAACUUUCGGCAUUGUUAAAACAUUCGAUGUACUAAAAGAAGAAAUAGAAGCUACAAAACUGUUUAAAGUCAUGAACCAUCACAACAUAUACCAUGUAAAACGCUUAUAA